UGGGUUUCCUCCUUCCCCCGGUCGUCCGCCCUCCCGGAAGCGCUGCGCGAAACUCGCGCCACGUCUAUCCUAGCACAUCCUCCCGGGUCCUCGCAGCUGCAGCGCGGGAGCAGCGGCCCUGCGGACAAGACCGAGGGCAUCAUGGACAGCGCGGCUCCGCGCUCCGUCUCCUUGCUGUUGCUGCUUCUCCUGCUCCUACUCCGGGCCGAGCGGCUGCGGGGCGCCGAACUCACCUUCGAGCUGCCGGACAACGCCAAGCAGUGCUUCCAUGAGGAGGUGGAGCAGGGCGUAAAGUUUUCCCUGGAUUACCAGGUCAUCACUGGAGGCCACUACGAUGUUGACUGCUAUGUGGAGGACCCCCUGGGGAACAUCAUCUACAGGGAAACCAAGAAGCAGUAUGACAGCUUCACAUACCAGGCCGAGGUCCAAGGCGUUUAUCAGUUUUGCUUCAGUAACGAGUUUUCUACCUUCUCUCACAAGAUCGUCUACUUUGACUUCCAAGUGGGUGAUGAGCCCCCCAUUCUCCCAGACAUGGGGAACAAGGUCACAGCUCUCACCCAGGUGAUCGCAUCCUUCUGCAACCAGCUGGAGAAAGCCUCCACUUUAAGGGCUUGUAUGGAAUCUGCCUGCGUGACUAUUCAUGAGGCUCUGAAGACAGUGAUUGACUCCCAGACGCAUUACCGACUCCGAGAGGCCCAGGACCGAGCCCGAGCCGAGGACCUGAAUAGCCGAGUUUCUUACUGGUCUGUUGGGGAGACGAUUGCCCUCUUUGUGGUCAGCUUCAGCCAGGUGCUACUUCUGAAAAGCUUCUUCACAGAAAAACGACCUCUCAACAGGGCAGUCCACUCCUAGCUGGGGCAUCCUGCUCCAGGGCCCCGCACCUCCCAGGGGAGAGCAGCUCUUCUAGGUCUUGGGCUCCUGCUGGGCGGGGUAGAGGCAGAGCUGUAAGGAGAGCACAGGUGGUGUGCUGGCAUGGCAGCACCUGGUUUCCACGUACUCUCCCUCCCCUUGCACCCAGGCAUCCAAAGCUCACAACCCAGGAAUCUGAAGACAUCCAGUUGCAUUAUGUAUGUGACAUUGACCAAAAAAAAGUGUUUACAAUCAGGCAAGGGAUUGGCCAGUGAGGGAGGGCCUUGCUGCCUGGCCAGGAGGAGGAACUCCAAGUGCCUGGGCCGCCAAGGCAUCUUAGGGCUCUGCCUCUUCUCCAUGAUGUGUAGACCAUUUGGCUUUUGUGUCUUCUCCUGUGUGAAGAAGAAAGGGGCUCUCAGUUCUGGCCUUUCCUCCCAUGAAUCUCUCUAUACUUGAAACCAGGUAAGCAACAGAGUCAGCCAUGCAAGAGGGCCCCAGAUGAUGACUAGGUGCCCUCUGUUAGCUGUGUAUCUCUUAGGAGGCAAAACCGUGGCUAAUAAAAACCAGUGUGAACCCA